CCGGUUCGUUCGUUUCUCAAAAGUCAAAACAUUCUCGCGUUUGUUGUCGUUCUGCACCUGCGAUCUGCGAUGCAUUAAGAGAUUUUAAUUUUAAAUCGCCCUGGAAGCCUCGAACUAAGCCAUGGACAAACCGCCGGCGCCCGAUUCUCCGCUGAAGAGCCUGCUAGCCGGUCCGCUCCAACGUCAGACCUCAUCGGGCAGCGGAUCCGUUCCGCUGAUUAAAAUGCAAAAUGUUCCACCACAGUCUAGCAUGGUCAUGCAGGCACCGAUGCCGACCGGGCCGCAGGAAGCCAUCAACUCCGUUCUCGUUAGAAAUUGUGUGGCCACCGUUAGCCUGGGUUGCGAGUUGAAUCUACAGUCGAUCAACUUUCGGACGCGCAACUCCGAGUACAACCCGAGCAGGUUCCAUGGGGUGGUGAUGCGCAUCCGGGAUCCGCGCUGUACGGCGCUCGUGUUCCGCUCGGGCAAGAUCGUCUGCACCGGGGCCAAGAACGAGCACGACGCGAAUUUGGCCGCGCGAAAGUUUGCCCGCAUCAUCCAGAAGGUGGGCUAUAACGUAAAGUUCCUGGAGUUUAAGGUGCAGAACCUGGUGGCGACGGUGGAUCUGCGGUUUCCGAUCCGGUUGGAGAAUUUGAAUCAGGUGCACGGCCAGUUUAGCUCGUACGAGCCGGAACUGUUUCCGGGGCUGAUUUACCGGAUGGUGAAGCCGCGGGUCGUGCUGCUGAUCUUCGUCAACGGGAAGAUCGUCUUCACCGGGGCCAAAUCGGAGUGGGAAAUUAGGGAAAGCUUGGAGAACAUCUAUCCGAUUCUGCAAAGCUUCCGGAAAAAUUAGAGAGUUUUGGAUUUCUGUGAAAUUGAUUAGAUUUUAGUUACUUAACUUAAGUAUCGUUUACAAUAACAAGCAUUUUUUUAUUAAGCUGUACAAAGAAUUUACAUUUUGUAUAAAAUUUCUCA